AGUUUGUACUUUGUACAUCUAAGAAACCAAAUUCAUGGCAAUAUUCCCGGUAGGAGUAUCGUGUGGAUGUUCGACACCUUAACACCGUCAAUUACAGGAUUCUUAUUUAAAAAACUGAAACAUAUGUAAUAUUCCCUUCACUCCAAUUUCACUGGAUUUUGUCUUUCUUCGAUUGCAAUAAGAUUCAUGUGUAGUGUUUGACUUGACUACUGCUAAAUCACUCUGCCCCUGUCUCUUUCAAUUUCUCUCCUGAUCCUCAGGUCUCAAUUGGUGUUGGCAAUGGUAUCGGUGGUUAAAAGCCCAUGGCUAAACGUGAUAAUAGCGGCGGAGGAGGUUGAUCCCGAGUCGUCUUCAAAUCCUACAGACGCGGUGUUGUUCGUUGGGAUUUCAUUGGUGUUAGGAAUCGCAUCGAGGCAUUUACUUAGAGGAACUAGAGUUCCUUAUACAGUAGCACUGCUCGUUCUAGGCAUCGCCAUGGGAUCAAUAGAAUAUGGAACAAGCCAUCGGUUAGGAAAAAUUGGUGAUGGAAUCCGGAUCUGGGCAAAUAUUGAUCCUGAUCUUCUAUUAGCUGUUUUUCUUCCUGCUCUUCUUUUUGAAAGUUCAUUUUCAAUGGAGGUGCAUCAAAUAAAGAAAUGCAUGACACAAAUGAUGAUUCUUGCUGGACCUGGGGUUCUAAUAUCCACAUUCAUUCUUGGAGCAGCUUUAAAGCUAAUUUUUCCAUAUAACUGGAGCUGGAAAACAUCAUUGUUGCUUGGAGGACUUCUAAGUGCUACAGAUCCUGUUGCUGUUGUUGCUUUGUUAAAAGAACUUGGUGCAAGCAAAAAACUAAGCACUAUUAUAGAAGGCGAAUCAUUAAUGAAUGAUGGGACUGCAAUUGUUGUGUAUACACUUUUCUUCCGAAUGGUAACUGGAUCAACCUUUAGUUGGGGUUCUGUCAUCAAGUUUUUAGCAACAGUAUCUCUUGGAGCUGUGGGAAUGGGUAUUGCAUUUGGUUUGGUGUCUUAUUUGUGGCUUGGAUUUAUUUUCAAUGACACAGUGAUAGAAAUCACAUUGACUCUUGCUGUUAGCUACCUUGCUUACUUUGCAUCUCAAGAAGGUGCUGAUAUAUCUGGAGUAUUAACAGUGAUGACAUUGGGAAUGUUCUAUGCUGCUGUUGCUAGAACUGCUUUCAAGGGUGAAGGACAACAAAGCUUGCAUCAUUUCUGGGAAAUGGUGGCAUAUAUUGCUAAUACACUGAUCUUCAUCUUAAGUGGAGUAGUCAUAGCUGAAGGUAUACUUGGAGGUGAUAGUAUUCUUAAACAUGAAAAAAGUGCUUGGGGAUACCUGAUCCUUCUGUAUGUUUUUCUACAAAUCUCAAGGGCUAUAGUGGUUGCAUCAUUAUAUCCAUUUUUAAGAUAUUUUGGUUAUGGAUUGGAUUGGAAAGAAGGUGUUGUACUUGUGUGGUCUGGUUUAAGAGGUGCUGUAGCAUUGUCUCUUUCCCUAUCUGUUAAGCAAUCCAGUGACACAUCAACAUACAUUAAUCGUGAAACAGGAGUACUGUUUGUAUUCUUCACUGGAGGAAUUGUGUUUUUAACACUUAUCAUAAAUGGAUCAACUACUCAGUUUGUUCUGAGGAUGCUGGACAUGGAUAAGCUGUCAGCUGCUAAGAAACGUAUACUGGAUUACACAAAGUAUGAAAUGAUGAACAAAGCUUUGGAGGCGUUUGGUGAUCUUGUAGAUGAUGAGGAAUUAGGUCCUGCAGAUUGGCCCACUGUAAAGAAAUACAUCACAUGUUUACAUGAGGCAGAAGGAGAACGUAUUCACCCUCACACUACAUCACAAAAUGAUACAGAUGUCGACCACAUGCAUCUUUCUGAUAUACGUAUACGCUUCUUAAAUGGUGUGCAAGCUGCUUAUUGGGGGAUGUUGGAGGAAGGAAGGAUCAAUCAGUUCACAGCAAACAUUUUAAUGCAAUCUGUAGAUGAAGCACUUGAUUUGGUGUCAUCUGAACCCUUAUGUGAUUGGAAUGGAUUGAAAUCAAAUGUUCAUUUCCCUAAUUAUUAUAAAUUUCUCCAAACAAGCACUUUUCCUAGAAAGCUUGUGACAUAUUUCACAGUUGAAAGGUUGGAAUCUGCAUGUUACAUAUCUGCUGCAUUUCUUCGUGCUCAUAGGAUUGCUAGACAACAACUACAUGAUUUCAUUGGUGAUAGUGAAAUUGCUUUGGCUGUAAUUAAUGAGAGUGAAACAGAAGGAGAAGAAGCAAAAAAGUUCCUUGAAGAUGUUCGCAUUACAUUUCCACAGGUUUUACGUGUUUUAAAAACAAGGCAAGUGACAUAUUCAGUGCUGAAUCACCUAAUUGAAUACGUUCAAGAUCUUGAAAAGUCUGGAUUAUUAGAGGAGAAGGAAUUGGUUCAUCUUCAUGAUGCUGUCCAGACUGACUUGAAGAAACUUUUAAGAAAUCCUCCUUUAGUUAAGAUUCCCAAACCACAUGAUUUGAUUAGUGCAAAUCCUUUAUUAGGAGCCCUUCCGGAAGCUGUUCGUGAGCAAAUUGUGGGGUCCACAAAGGAGACAAUGAAACUACGUGGGGUGGCUCUUUAUAAGGAGGGAUCCAAACCUAAUGGCAUUUGGUUGAUUUCUAAUGGCGUGGUGAAGUGGGGAAGCAAGAGAAUAAGAAACAAAUACUCAUUGCAUCCAACAUUUGCACAUGGAAGCACUUUAGGCCUAUAUGAGGUCCUAAUUGGAAAGCCUUACAUAUGUGACAUUAUUACUGAUUCUGUAAUAAUGGGCUUCUUCAUUGAAUCUGAAAAAAUACUUUCAGUUCUUGGAACCGAUAAUGCAGUUGAAGAUUUUUUGUGGCAGGAAAGCUCAAUCAUACUAUUGAAAUUGUUGCUUCCUCAAAUAUUUGAAAAAAUGACAAUGCAUGAGCUGAGAAGUCUUGUGGCAGAAAGAUCAAGUAUGAGCACGUAUAUAACAGGAGAAAGCUUUGAAAUACCUCACAAUAUGAUUGGUUUAUUAUUAGAAGGAUUUAUAAAAACACAAUCCACUUUAGAACUUAUUACUCCCCCAACUGCUUUAUUCCCUACUUCAUCACCUGACAAAAGUUUCCGAGUCUCAGAAAUAGCAGCAGGUGCAAGUUUUACUCAUCAUGUGACAUCAUACGUAGUGGAGACAAGGGCAAGGGUGAUCAUGUUUGAGAUUGGUGGAUUUGAAACACUUCAAAGAAGGAAAUCUUCAUUAAUAUCACAUAAUGCCGAAAAUAACCCUGGAAGAUCAUCCCCCUCAAGGGAACAUAGUGGACUAAUGAUCUGGCCUGAACGCCAUAUUAAAUCCAGACAACUUCUUGAAAAUCCCAAUCCCAAUCCCAAUCUGGAUCAUCAUCAACACGGGAACAACUUUUCUGCCCGAGCAAUGCAAUUGAGCAUGUAUGGAAGCAUGUUUGUUAAUCAGAUUUCAAACGAAAGACACGGUAGUAUCCAUGCGUCUCCAAACAGAGAAACAAAACCACCAACCAGAAAGGCGUCUCAGUCUCAGCCUCAGUCUCACAGUAGGUCUUAUCCGUGGGUCCCACCAACGGAAACCCGGCGGCUGAUUUCUGUGAGAUCCGAAGGGUCAGCGACAGUUGGAAGAAAAGUGAGUGUGGGAGAAUUAAGGGGCCCGGGCCCACGUUUUAACCCACCAUUAGAGACAAAUGAAAAUGAAAAUGAAAAUGAAAAUCAGGAAAUGGGUUAUUCAAGUGAUGAUGAUGAUGGUGGUGAUGAUGAACAUAUUGUUAGAAUCGAUUCACCAAGUACACUCUCUUUCACACGACCUCCAUAGGACCAUAAUAACCUUUUUUUUUUUUUAAACCUUUUUAGAAAAUUAAAAUUUCUAGAGGUGUUAAAAAUGUCAAGUAUGGUAAUAAUAUCUCUGGUAUGGUGUUGUAAUUUUGUAAAAUUAACAAAUCAACUACGUUUCCUUUUUUGUUUAUAUUCUUUUAAGUUUUAAUAAAUGGGGACCACCAACCAGUCUCAAUCUUGGAUCA